AAAGGAUUUAAUGAGAAAUCAUUCAUAACCAUGAUGGAGUUGUGUCAAACAUAUGAUGGAAUUACAGGAGACAGCAAUCUGUAUGAAUUUGUAGGACUCUUUGGACCCUUGCCAAAUAAAGUGGACUUCAAAGACACAUCUUGGAUUAGUCAGGUGGACUUCAGUUUUUUACAGAAGUAUCUUAAUAAGGAUGUAACACACAACACACACAGUGACAGUUUGUCAGCCCUGGAUCAGUUCAUUAUCAGAACCCUCUUCAACAUUUCAAGGCAUGACAGGACGUGUUACAGUGACAUCCGUCAAUACAUUCAACAGAGCAGAAAUGUAAGACUUUCAGAUAAGGAAGUCUUUGUAUCCUGCAGGUGGAAUAAAGAGAUACUGAACAGUGUGAUGGACUUCGUAGAGUGCUCUUCAACUCAGGUUGACAUGAUGGUGUACUCCAUAAACUAUGGCGACUAUUAUUUCAUCAGCCAUGUAUCUGACUACUUAGAUAAAAUAUCCUCCAUACGUUUUCUAGAUGGCUUCAAUGAAUUUACAUUUUGGUGGAUGUGUCGUUUGCUUUGUGAGUACAAAAGAGUGAAAGGAGACAACAGCCUUCCACACCUCAUCUCUUUAUUUGCACCCUUUCUAAACAUGGUGCCUCAGCCAGACAAUCGUUACUUCUCUGACUUCUUUGAUUUUACUUUCCUGAGUCAAAGUCAGCAGGACAAAGUCGUCGUUCCACAGCACAGAGAGGCUUUCCAAGGUCUUCGGCGAUGUGUACUCAGCAGUAUUUUGGAGGCUGUAAGGUAUGUUGGCUUACUGAUCAGUUGAGUUUGAGCCGACUAUAAAGAGUGAUGGACUCCUCUGACACAGUCCUAGAGAUGCA